GCUUGUGUUUUGAAGGUCACGAAAAUGAAAUAAAUGACCAAAAAAAAUUCUUAAAUAAAAUAGGUACACGGGCAGAUAAAAUGUCAUAAGAUUUUCAUGAACUAUAAAAUCUUUUUUCUUAACAUUUUAAAAUUUUAAUAAAAUAAAAAUACGUACAAUAGGGGCCCAUUAUAGUUUAAACUACUAUUAGUUGAACUUAACGAAGACUAAAAUUACCAGAGGAAGUUCAGAAUAUUAUGCCAUAUUUAUUCCAACAUUUGACAUUUAAUGUAGAUAAUUGUGACCAUAACCAACGACCAUUAAUCAAAAUAGAUCAUGGAAUCGCCUGUAAUGACGAUUAUUUAUAUAUUUAUGGCGAAUCAAUUAUUGAAGACUUACAUCAAAUGUCUUAUAUGAAUAAUAAAUUUGCAGGAACAUUGUGGAAGUAUGACUUAGUUGCAUGUAGAUGGGUAAAAUUAAAAUGUAAUUUACCACAUCAGUUAAAAUAUAGUUCUAUUAUAUUAUCGGGAAACUUGAUAAUAAUACAUGGUGGAAUUGGAGCUCGUUUUAGCAAUGAAUCUAACUACAAGACAUUUAUUGGUAAUGUUUUAAAAGAAAAUGAUCCAAAUGGAAUUAAGUUUGAUGAAAUUAACUGUUCUAGUACUUUACUAAAAUCUGGCUAUGGUCAACCUAUAAUAAUGAAAGAUCAAUUUAUUUAUUCAGUUACUGGUAUGUCAAAUUUCAAAAAUGAAAUGGAUGUAUAUAGACUUGAUUUAGAAACCAAAAAAUGGGAGAUAUUAUCAAAAGCUUAUGGAAAAUACUUAAAUACUAAACAAAAAUUCAAACAUGAUGUAGCAUACUAUAAUGAAUGUUUGUUUAUGUUUGGUGGAACUUUUCAUGAUGCAAGACAUGAUAUAUUUUUAAAUACAUUCCAAAUAAUUCAUAUUUUUGACUUGAAAAUCAAUAAGUGGAAGUAUAUACCAACUAUAUCAGAUAGAAAAACUUCACUUUAUCCUUCUAAUAGAAUUCAUCAUGGCUGGAUUCAAUGUAGGAAUCAACACAAGCAUGUGUAUGUAAUUGGAGGAUAUGAUAAACACAAUUUUUUUCAAGAUUUAUGGUGCUUUAAUUUAUCAACUCUUGAGUGGUCCAGUUUAAAUUUAUGUAGAUUACCUAGUUCAAUAUUUUUUUUAUCUUCUGCAAUUACACCAUCUGGUAAACUGUAUUAUUGUAAUGGUAUGGUGUACAAUAGGGAUAGUAGAGUACUAGAACAAAAUAACAGUUUAGUGAGUGCAUGGGUUAUUAUACCCAAGUUGAAAAUAAUGAGUUGGAAUGCAAUUUUAUAUUUUUUCAAAAAGCAAUUAUUUCAACUUACAAAUGAAGAUUUGGCAUCUUUAGGUUUACUACCAGAGUAUUGUAAUCGUAUUGCAAAAGCAAAACUAUUAUUAAAAAUCAAUGUAUAACUUUGUUUUUGAAAAUAUUAUUUAUGUAUUUAUUUUUUCUAGCUAACUAAUCUGAUAUCAAUUAUAAAAUUGUAUAUUUAUUUUAAAUAAAGUAAAAUAUAUACAGUAAAACUGUUAAUACAAAAAGAGAAAUAGUAUUAUCAUGUAUGAAAUGAACAUUUUAAAAGUGUUAACAAUAUUCAAAACAAAAUUAUUUUAAAAAAACUCAUGAUAGUUGGCACACAAAUAAAUUUUUUAAAUUUAUAAAGUUAAUUUGUCUUAAUUGUCAUAAUAAUUAGAAAAGAUACGUUAAAAAAUAUUGUAUGUAAAGCAACUGUUAAAGGGGGUAUCAUAUCUCCUGAUAUUCGUCCUUCAUUCAUAUGCCACUGUAUCAUCUAAAUAAAGUUAUUAUUGCAAAUUAUAAUUUGUUAUUACAUAACGACACAACUAUCUGCAAUGAUUGGAAAAUACAAACAGAUAAAUGGUUAAAUAAAAUUUUUUAC